AGCUGGAAGCGCAGAGGCGCUUUUUCUAGACAAGCGAACACACAAAGUCUGUUAAAGGUUGGAUGUUUAUGGUCACAAUGAAGGCCUUCAUCUUUCUUCUUCUCCUGGGGAUACAGGGGGCAGCGGCAGUGACCCACUCUCUGAAGUAUUUCUACACUGCGUCCUCUCAAGUCCCAAACUUCCCAGAGUUUGUGUCUGUUGGGAUGGUUGAUGAUGUUCAGGUUGAUUAUUAUGACAGCAACACAGAGAAAGCUGUGCCCAAACAGGACUGGUUUGCCAAGAACACAGAUCAGCAGUACUGGGAGAGUCAGACUGAUAUGUCCAGGGGUUCCCAGCAGACGUUCAAAGCCAACAUUGAGGUUGUAAAGCAGCGCCUCAACCAAACUGGAGGUGUUCACAUAGUUCAGAAGAUGUACGGCUGUGAGUGGGAUGACGAGACUAAUGUUGUUAAUAGUGGAUUUCAUCAGUUUGGUUAUGAUGGAGAAGACUUCAUAUCGUUUGAUCUAAAGACUCUGACGUGGAUUGCUCCAAAACAACAGGCUGUCAUCACUAAACACAAGUGGGACAAAAACACAGUUUUGAAUGACUACUGGAACAAUUAUCACAACCAGCUUUGUCCUGAGUGGCUAAAGAAGUAUGUGAGCUAUGGAAGGAGCUCUCUACAGAGAACAGUUCUUCCAUCAGUGUCUCUCCUCCAGAAGACUCCCUCUUCUCCAGUCACCUGCCACGCUACAGGUUUCUAUCCUAACAGAGCUGAAUUGGUUUGGAGGAAAGAUGGAGAGGAGCUUCAUGAGGGUGUGGAGAAAGGAGAGAUCCUCACCAACAAUGACGGGAACUUCCAGAUGAGUGUUGAUCUGGAUUUUUCAUCAGUCACAUCUGAAGACUGGCAGAGGUACGACUGUGUGUUUCAGCUCUCAGGUCUGAAUGAGGACAUCGUCGCAAAACUGGACAAAAAUGCAAUCAAAACCAACUGGGGGAAACCUAGCAUCAGAAGUGAUGGAGGUUCUUCAGAUUCAACUGGAACAAUUAUUGGAGUUGUUGUUGUGAUGCUUCUUCUGAUAGUCGGUGUUGGUCUUGGAAUCUUCUUCUGGAAAAGACGUACUAAUGGGUUUAAACGUGCCAACUCUUCUGAGACUUCAUCUUCGUCAGCUGAAGAUCCAGACCCUAAGAAAGAGAGCAGUGAAAAGCAGAAGAUGAUGGAUAACACUGCUGGAAAAUAAUAAAAGCUAUUAAAAUACAAGUGGCUUCUUGUUAGGUAUCAAGACAGACAUACUCCUGUCUUAUUCUACUGAAUAAUAAACAUGUGGUUUGUAAAGAGAUCCUUUUAUGUCAGAUAACAUAAAAUAAUUAAAAUGAAGUAGACUUCAGUUUUACAUAUAGAAUGCUGGUGUAUAGGAUGUAUGGCUCUCUAACCUAUAUUGCUGCUUGAAUCUUUGUGAUGGCACAUAAAUAAGUUUUAGAAUUUUAUUUCCUGUUCUUCACUUAAAAAUUACAAAAGUAACUUGUUAUUGAAAUAAUUUUCCAUGCUGGUUUUAUAAAUGAUGAGGAUUUUUUUCUUUUUAACUACUCUUCUUUUGUUAUUAUAGAUUGUGUACGGUGCAGGGAUAAUGAACAUUAAUGUAUCAAGUGACCUAUUUUUAUGCAAAUUGUAAACUUUAAAGGUUUUCUAAAUAAAGUUCUACUGAUUUGUUU